AUGCCACCGCCUCCCGAGCAACCCGGCGCCCGACUAAAUGCUCCUCCAAAUGGAGUGGAAGCCAUCGUGGCCCCCUUGCCCCCAGAGCCGUCGCCCGAAGAGAGUGCCGCGCAGUUCACGGACAUCGAGCUUACAGCGAACCGGAAUACCCACACAGCACGCCGACCGACGGGUUCCCAACAGUCGAGACCUCCCCACCAAGUAGCUGCCAGAACGGGCCCACCUUACGACGAAACGAAGGCCGUCCGUUCGCAGCCGUUGCAGAAGCCGCCGCCAACCAAGCAACACGGCGCCCGACUAAAUGCUCCUCCAAAUGGAGUUGAAACCUUCGUGGCCCCCGUGCUCUUACAGCCGCCGCCAAUCGAGCAACCCGGCGCCCAACUAAAUGCUCCUCCAAGUGGAGUCGAAGCCAUCGUGGACCCCUUUCCCUUACUGCCGCCGCCCAAAGAAAGUGCCGCACAAUCUCAGGAAAUAGAGUUUGCCCCACUCCGGAGCGCCCGCACCCUACGUAAACCAACGAGUUUACAUCUUACCCCGGAGCCGCCGUCCGGCGAGAUCGCCAACGUACCGCCGCCCGCUCCACUAGAAACCGGUUCCAUCCGAUAUGCCGCCGCCGCCGAGUCCUAUGGGAAACUACCGCCGCCGCUUGCUGAAGGAGAAGAACUGAACUGA